CUUGUGUGUAACGCGUGCAGACCGCUAGAAGCACCAGCGCGCUUAUGAAUGUCCCACAUUCUGACCGUUGAAAGCCAAGUCGUGUUAUAAGGCGGGGCGCUACCUACCAUUUUUUGGCGACAUAACACAUUUACACCAUAGUAAGCAGGCGCGCUGCAGUUUGGCGCAUCGAAGGCCAAAGUGCGUGCAAACGAGCGUGCCGCUGGAAGCGCAGCUUGUGUGUACACAUAUCGAAAUGCACAUUAGGUCCCACGCGCGGUAGGGUAGGAAACUGAGGUCGCAGUUUUGCGGCAGUCUCCCGCCCGAAACGGUCCGUAACACCUCGACACAGCAGCUUUUGCACGGCGUGGGAUCCGGGGCAGGCCUCCGCUGUGCUAUAAGCUUGGCGGCAUUCUCGUCUCCCAGGCUGCGGGCGUGCCUCCAGAGGCAGCGGCCAUAGCAGCGGCAGCAGCAACUCAACAGUCGCCACGCGCAGUUGCGGCCCCGCUGCCGCUUUGCCGCGACAGGCAACGCCGUGACGUCACCCAAGCCAGGGGGGUCUAAGGCGCAGCUCGCAGCCAUGGCGGACGGGGGCAGCAAGAAGAGCAUGGUGCACCUGGCGGCGGGGCACCGCAACACCCUGCUGCUAGACGCGGGGCCGCUGGUGGUGCCGCCGCCGCCCACACCCGUCAAGGUGGCGGGGCCGCCAGCCGUGCCGGGGCAGGGCGGCGGCGGUGGAGGAGCCGGCGGUGGAGGAGGAGGCGCCAACGGGGAUGGCGCCAACGGCAACUCUAGUGGUGCGGGUGGCGGUGGCGGCGCCUCCGGCCCCGGCGGCAAGAAGGGCGGGCUGGUAGAUCCGCUCGCAGAGCAGGCAGGGAGCGGCGGAGCCGGCGCCGGCGGCCGCGGCCGCAAGGGCGCUGGCGGAGCCGGCGGCGGCAUGGUUGACCCACUAGCGGAGGCGCCUGGCGGCGAUUCCAUGGACAUGGAGUCGCCGGGUGCGGGCGGCGGCGGCGGCGGCGGGCGCGGCAUCGACGUGGAGCCAGGCAAGCUGUACAUCAGCCACAAGUGGUCGGUCAACAGCCAGGAGUGGAUCCAGCGCUGGAUCGCGCAGUUCGACCGGUCGGGUCUGUCGUACAUGCAGUCGGACAUGGGGUCGGACGCCUACAUCGACGCGCUGGAGUACCACAUCGCGCGCUGCGAGUAUGUGGUGCUGCUGAUCACGCGCGAGUACGCGAUGGCGAUGCACGGCCACCAGACGCGGCAGCACAAGGAGAUCAAGUGGGCUAUGAAGCACCGGUGCCGGAUUGUGCCGGUGUUGCACAAGGACAUGGUCGGCUCAAACCCCUUCUACGAGCCACCGGGCAGCCACGUGGCCAAGAGCGGCUCGGCGCUGACGGAGAGUGAGAAGAGCUUCCUGGCGUAUAGCUGCCGGCCGCUGCAGCAGUAUGUGGAGAAGGAGCUACAUGACGUGUACUACACAAAGCUGUUGUCGCGGCUGGGGCGCAAGAGCAAGAACUACGACAUCACGCAGGUCAAGGAGCUGUUGGAGCUGGCGGGGCUCAGCCGCGCCUACGAGCUGCUCACGCUGGGCAAGCAGUACGGAGGAGCAGGCGUGCAGACGGUGUCGGACCUCAAGAAGCUGUUCUCGGACUCGCACCACGCCGCGGAGCCGGGCGGCGCGUCCUCCGCGGGGCUCUGGUCUUUCAAGCUGCAGCUGAGCGCGGCGGAGGAGACGCGGCUGCGCACCACCAUGAGCGGCUGGCACUCGCUGUCGUGCAUGCCGCACUGGAUGCGGCACGGAGAGCUGUCGGUGGCGCUGGCGCUGGCGGGCGCACUGGACGAGCAGAUCCUGGCGCGGUUUGGCACGUUGGAUCUGUCGUCGCUCGGCUCGGCUGGCUUCAUGGGCGAGGGCGGCGGCAUGACCGUGGCCAGGUUCGUGGGCGAGUACGCGGGCCUGUGGGCUCGAGACGCGCCCCGCAGCACCAGCCCCGCACCCGGCGCCGCCUCCGGCAACCCUGCGGGCGGCGGGCCGCAGGCGCCCACGGGCGUGUUCCUCACGCACCUUGUGCUGCAGAGCUGCUCCAUCGGCAGCCGGGGGGCUGUGGCGCUGCUGGACAGCCUGUGUGCGGGCAAGGUGCAGCUGCAGGUGCUGGACCUGGCGAGGAACGGACUGGACCACCAGGCUGUUCCCACUCUGGUCAAGUUCCUGCGGACGUGUCUCACGCUCGAGUCGCUGUGCCUGGCAGAGAACCCAGUCGGCGACCUGUCCGGCACCAGCCUGCUUCAAUGCCUGGGCCGCUACCCGGGCCGGCUGUGGGACCUGGACCUCGCAAAGAGCAACGUCGGCGGGCAGACCGUCAAGGCGCUCGCUCUAGCCAUCAAGAACUGCAAGACGCUGCGCAAACUCAACCUGGCCGGCAACGGUCUCAGCGGCCGCGUGCUGGGUACCCUGGCGGCCGCGCUGUAUGAGGGCGGUGUGCAGCACCUGGACGUGUCCGACAACCCUGUCGGCAUCGACUUCGCCAUCGCGCUGUCAGCCGCCGCCACCAACGCCACCAACGCCGUCAUCGCGGCCGCGGCGGCAGCCGCGGCCGACGGCGUAGCCGCCGGCGACGGCGGCCUUGGCGCCUUCGGCGCCUUCGCUGCCGCCGGCGGUCCGCCCACCACCACCACGCUGACGGUGGGCCCAGGCGGUGUGCCGCAGCUUGUGCAGAUCGGCGCACACCCGGGUGCGCUCAUGUCGGUGCCCGGCUCGCGCAUGCUGUCGCGGCAGCUGUCUCGCGCCACCGACCUCAACGGCGGCGAGCCCACGCCGGUGGCGCAGGGCCCAGCCAGCUUCAUCCUAGCGGACACAAACAUGGGCGCAGACGGCAUGCAGAUGCUGUGCGCCGCGCUGCGGCAGUGCAGCGGCCUUACCGGGCUGACGUUGACACGUAACGCGCUGGGACAUGAGGGCGUGUCGGCGCUGGGUGCGAUGCUGGCCAGCUGCGGCAACAACACGCUGUCCAGCCUACAGAGCCUGGACCUCAGCGGCAACUACCUGCCAGCCGAGGCCGUGACCACGCUGGCAUCGUCGCUGCGGCGGCUGCCCCAGCUCAAGGUGCUGUCCCUGGAGGCGUGCGGCCUGGACGCACCGCAGGUUGCGGCGGUGUGCGAGGCUGUGCGUGUGAGCGACCGUGUGUUGGACCUGCUGGGCAAGGUGCUGCUGGGCAUCAUCAACCCGCAGUCCUCCGUGCAGCAGGUGGGCGCGCUGCCCGGCCAGGGCCCCAGCGAGGUGAUGCUGGGGCUGCAGGACUCGUUGCUGGACAUGCUGGCGGCGCGCGGCGGCCGCUUCAGUGUGGCCAACAUAGACGCCUACGGCGGCGUGGAGGCGGUGUGCGGGCUGCCGCAGGGCACGGCGAUGCGGGUACUGCCCGACACGCCGUCGAUGCUGCUGCGCUGGAUGAUGCAGCACGGCCCGCUGCGGGGGGUGCUGCUGGCGGGCCUUGAGGCCAUCAGCUGCGCCAAGGAGGGCGACCGCCGCGGCAUGCAGCGCUUCCAGCAGCAGCUGCAGGAGCUGCGCGGCAACGGCUGCAAGCUGCGGGCGCUCAACCUGGCCCAGAACACAUUGUCGGCGGAUGCGGGCACCGCGGUGGCGGUGAUGCUGUCCUUCAACUCCACAUUGCAGGACCUGCAACUGCGCGGCACCACGUGCGACCGCAGCACCUGGCGCUCCUUCGAGAUGUGGCACAAGGUGAUCAAGGGCUUCCAGGAGGCGCUGCCCUGUGCCCCGGUGCUGAGCAGCCUGGACGUGACGGCCGCCGGCAUCACGGACGCCUGCGCCGCCGGCUUCCGCCGCCUGCUCGAGUGCAGCGCCUCGCUGCGGCACCUGCGCCUGGACCGCUGCCGCCUCAACCAGGCAGCCAUGCAGGUGCUGGCGCCGGCGCUGACCACGCAGCCGCAGCUGCUGUCGCUGUCGCUGGACAACUGCUGCGACGAGCAGCAAGCCAUGGCAGCAGCUGUGCACGUGCUGGGUGGCAAUCUGCGUCUCAACCGGGUGUCGUUCAGGCUGAAUUUCCUAGACGGCACCAUUGGCAAGGCCAUGGCAGCGGCGGUGGCCAAGCACCCCAACCUCAUUUCACUGGCCCUGGGUGGAGCCAUGCGCUACAAGAUCGGAGACGACGGAGCAGUGGCACUGGGCCGGGCGCUGCGCGGCUCGCUGCGGCUGACGCACGUCAACAUGAGCUGUGUGGGUCUGGCUGACGGCCACGGCGUCACGGCGCUGGCCACCGCGCUGGCAGCCAACCCCCGGCUGCGAGAGGUCGACCUCACCGCCAACAGCCUGGGUGCUCACGGGGCGCAGCAGCUGGUGGCGGCGCUGCAGCAGCGCACCGUGCGGCUGCAGCGGCUGGGGCUGGAGGGCAACGUCAAGGUGCCGGCGCACCUGGCGCGGGCGGCCAUCAACUUGUGCACGCCCGCGGUGGCAAACAAGAACGACCCCAACGCCGCAUGGGCAGGUGCCGGCCUGGGCACCGGGCCCGCGCCGCAGGACUGGGGGCCCUUCGUGCCCAUCGGCGACUCCUCGGGCGUGUCUGCCGCUGCCGCCGUGGCCGCCAUCAACCCGGCCGCCCUCAUGCUUCGCUCCAAGAGCAGCACUGGGCUGCAGGCGCUGCUGUCGCCGCGCUUCCUGAACGGGGGCACCAGCAUGCGCCUGCGGGGCGGGCUGCCAGGCGGCGGCGGAGGCAGCGGCGGCUUGGACGGCGAGGCCAGCGGCAUGCUGACGGCGCAGGCGUCGGUGGCGCGGCCGCCGCUGACGGCGCACCCCAGCAUGCGCCGGGAUGGCGGCGGUGGCAUGGAUUCAGGUGGCGGCUCAAUGAUGGUGCCGGGCAGUGCGCCGGCCACGCCACGCGGCGGCCUGGGCGCGGCGGCGCGCCGUCCAGGCAGCACGCCGCGUGGCCGCAGCGGCCUGGCGGCCUCGCCGCGGCGGACGCCGCGCGGCGGCGGCGGCGGCGGCGGCACACCCAACGGCGGCGGCAGCCUGGUGCCGAGUGGCAGCGUGCCUUACGAGUCUUUGGACGAGGAGGUGGGCCACGACAUGAACGGCGGGGACCUAGACGACUACGCCAUUCCGGAGGAAGAGGCGGUGACGCGGGGUGGCGGGCGCGGCGGCGGCAGCCGCGGCCGUGGCGGCCGGAAGGCCGGCGGAGGCCUGGAGGACCCGUUGGGUGACGACGAUGCCGCGAACAUGGUGCUGUUGAUGCGUCAGGGUGACGGCAUGGCGUCGCCGAUGCAGCGGCGGCGGCUGGUGGCGCAGGCACAGGCAGUGGCGGCAGCGACGCACCAGGGGUACGUGCACGGCGCGCUCAGUGGUGGGGGCGGUGCUGGAGGCGGGCGUAUUAUGAACAUGGUGCCAGACCCCACGGUGCCGCUGCCGGGGUCGCCAGGCGGUGCCGCCGGCGCUGCGCUGGUAGCAACGGCGGCGGUGGCGCGGCGCCAUGCGCCGCCGCAGAAGUGGGCGUCUGAGCGUGUGGAGCGGGUGGGCUCGGUGUCAGCGGUGAUGAUGGGCGGCACAGGCAGCAGCGGCACAGGCAUGGUAGCGGCGUCGCCAGACCCGCGGAGCCCCAGGACGAUUGCUGGAGCUGCCCCGGCGGGCGUGUAUCCGCAUCCCCCGAGUGCGCGGCACGCCUCACUGCGGAGCAUCGGCGCGGACGGACUGCUCUGCUCGCCCUCGGCAUCGGGGCAGCAGGGCUUUCUGUCCCCGCGCAACAGCAUUAUCGCCGGCGUCACGGACGGCGGCGGCAUGCAGCUGAAUGCAGCGGGCGCGCUUUCAGGCGGCGGCGGCGGCGGCGGCGGCGAGGGCAUGUCGCCGCGCCCAAGGAGCGCGGUCACAGGCACGUCGCCGGCGCGCGGCAGCAGCGGUAGCAAGCCACGGUGGCAGUGAAGGGCGCGCUUGCGGCGAGAUGCGGGCGCAUGCGCGUGUGAUGGCGUGCGAGUGAUCAAGUUACUGUGGCAUGGAUGCGCAUUUGGGAACGUUUGGGGGUACCAAUGUACGACAGUAUGUACGCGCGGGAUACCUGAUAUGAUACUGUUGUUAGCCCGCGUACUCCGCAUUGCAUAAUGUCGCUCAUACGCUGCACACUGUCUCUGAAAUGCUUACGCGCUCCGUAUGCAUGGCGCCACUUCCCUGCGUAUGUACGGGUACGCUGACACUAUGUUAACACUGAGGCAGUCGGGGCCUUUGGGUAGCCACUUGCAACGCCGACGUGUGCGGGUGUUGAAGAUAUCGGUAGCAUUGGUGGUCGUUUGCUGUACGCAUCCGCUUGCUGACGGCCGGGGCAGUGGCUGGAGCAAAGCAGACUUCCGGUCUGGGCGUGUGCACUCUUGAAACGCCGGAACUCUCUGCUUCGUUAUGGGCUUGGAAGGUACCAACAACCGCUGGUGGACAAUGCCAGAAACCUGACUGCCCCUUACCCAGUCCCACACUCCCAUUGCAUCCAUAACCGCCGGCUGUAUGCUUGUGGCCUUUCACAGCGCAUUCUGUAAGCAUCAGUUGCG